GCGCGGGCCAGCGUUCACUCACUCGCGGGGUUGAGAGCGCGAGAGGCGGACAGUCGCGUGUCGCUGGUGUACGGAGCUUGUGGCAGGUGGAGCUUCAGCUCUCUCGCCCCGCCUCUCAAACCUCAGUCCACUUGUGUUUACACCUCAGAACCUUUUGGGCUCUGUCAUACUUGUGGGAGGUUGAGCCUCAGCUCUUGGGCGCCGCCUCACACCCAACAACUGACUUGAAAGGAGUAAAAUAUAUAUGUAAUAAGCUUGAAGUAUAUAUGUGGCGGACUUGAGGACUGUGAAGGUGUAUAUGUAUACACCGCUCAUACACCUUAGAGCUGCCACCACUGUAGAGGAGUGUGAAGACUGACCAAGCUGACUGUUGCUGCUGGCCGAGAGACACAAGUCAUCAAUGCCUUCCUAAAAACCUUCACAUCCGGCCCGUCUAAACUGACGAUGGGGCCAGAGUUCAUGUGGACGGAGGGUCCUGAGGAGUGCGCGGGUAUCGAGUGCGGUCCCGCAGGGCCAGAUAACGCCAGCAUGGGUAUGCUUACCUCUACCCACAUGCCCAGGGGUGACAACCUGCCGGAUAUAUCCUUCCCGGCGUACAUGCAGGGUGUGUACACAGGGUGGUGCCUGGUGCUGCUGGUGGUAGGCCUGGUGGGCAACGUGUUGGUGCCCCUGGUCGUGGUCAGGGACCGGGAGCUGAGAGCCGCGUCGACCAGUGUGUUUAUAGUCAACCUGGUCGCUGCCGACCUGCUGGUCCUGGGCGUGUGUCUGCCAGCCCUCAUCUCCGAGCUCUUCGCCCCGCCCGCUGUCUGGGUCCUCCCUGCCUCUAUGUGCAAGGUUGUGCCGUACCUGGAGUUCACGGUGGCCCACGCCUCCAUGCUGACCAUCCUGGCCAUCUCCGUGGAGCGGUACCGGGCCAUCUGUCACCCCCUCACUGUGGCCGCCUCCUGCACCAGGCUCCGGGCCGCCCUCACCUGCCUCCUCGUCUGGGUCAUCGCCACCUGCCUCACCAGCCCGGUGAUCGCCCUGACGGAACACAGACGUGUCCGAUACAUUGAUGAGUCCAUCGUUCCUGUCUGCUACACGCGGGCUGACAAACCCUGGGCUCAGGUGUUCGUGGUGUCGUCGAUGGUGGGGCUGUUCUUCCUGCCGCUGGUGGUGCUGGUGGGCCUCUACUGGAGGAUCGCCCGCCAGCUGCUCCUCGAGGACCAGCAGCUGUGUAGGGAUAAGCCCAACCCACACCUCCAGGCCCGUAAACAGGUGGUGGUGAUGCUGGGCACGGUGGUGGUCGUGUUCUUCAUCUGUCUGCUGCCAUACCGAAUCUUCAGCCUAUGGUUCAUCUUCACCACCAAAGAAUCAGAGCAGUCAAUAGGUCAGGAGACGUACUACAACCUGCUCUACGCCUUCCGUGUGUUGGUCUACGUCAACUCUGCCAUCAACCCGGUGCUGUACAACGUCACAUCUUCCAAGUUCCGCGGCGCCUUCUUCAGGUUGCUAGGCGUGGGUAGCGGGGAGCAGGUGUGGUGGUGGACGCCCCAAGCGGGGGUCAACACUGGCAGCAGCUCCUGCAGGAGCAGCAGCACCGCCACCAGCCUCACCAAGGCUCGUGCCCCCUGGAGGAGCCAGAGGCUGGUGGUCCGCUGUAGCUACACUUGUCUCCAGCGGGAGGGAGAGACGUGUCCGCUGGUACCCCAGCAGCCCGCUGCACCUGCCGUCUGGGGCACCGUCAACCCGGCCCAGCAGCCCUCCGGCAGCCCCUUCCUCGCUAGGUCCUCCUGCACCCGCGACGCUGUCAGGCAGAUUGAAAGCUUCGUUUAACGAAGUAAUUCAACGCCCUUGCUCUACUAGUUUUCCCCUGAAGGAUUGUGUGCAAGUCUCCAUACAGUCUGAUCUCCUCACAAUCAGAGCUCAAACGUCCGGCACUGUUGAGUUUGAAGCUGAUCAGGCUUUAACAGAAGCAGAUUCAGAAUUCGCCAGAAUUCAUUUCGGCAGAUUCAUUUGCCAGAAAUGACUGGCAAAUGAUUUUUUAUAUUAAUAAAUGCAAGAACCUGCAUGUGGGGCGCCUCCACCACCACGAUAAUAACAUUACAUUACAGCAGGAGCGGACAGCAGCAGCAGCAGCAGCAGCAGCAGGAGCGGACAGCAGCAGCAGCAGCAGGAGCGGACAGCAGCAGCAGCAGCAGCAGCAGGAGCGGACAGCAGCAGCAGCAGCACCAGCAGCAGCAGCAGCCAGAGCAGUGAGCCCCACACCAGCGGUCCUGUGCACUGAGCAGGUUAUCUUGAUCACUGGCUGGCUUAUAUCACCUCCUGAGAGUGAUCACAUUGUUAUCACCCACAAUGUACCACCACUAUUGCUCUAACUGUUUGUCAUAUAACUGGUGUGAACCUGAACCAUAACUACAUGCUCAUUACUCUUAUCAAGACUGUGUGUUAACUUGUAUUGCUAAGACAAACAAUAAAGUUUUUAUGUACACUG